GCAAUUUCCUGUGUGCUUCCCAGCUAUGAACUCUCUGGUUGAGAGUUCCGCCGCUAUCCGCCAUGACUACGGCCGCCAAAAGAUCGAGCUUGCCGAGGAGAAAUUGAUGGGUAUCAUGAUUUACCGCAUCUCAUGUGCUUCCAAACAACCUUUCCAAGGCGCAAGAAUCACCCUUAUGGUCCCCACCAUAACUCCGGAGGUCGCUGUACUCCUUGAAACCAUCUCUGCCUUUUGUGCCAAAGUUCACGUCUGUUCCUCCGACAGAUGCUCGCCGAUCGAUGACGAAGUUGCCGCUGCGAUCGCCUGUGACGACAUCUCCGUCUUCGCUAAGAAGGACCAGAGCCUGGAGGAACACCCACGCUUCAUGGAGAAAGCACUCGAUUGGGGUUCUGAUAAUCCCGAUGUGAUUAUCUGCCACGGUUCUGAUGCUUCGCAUUUCAUCUGCGAGGGUUUAAAAGCUGAAGAGGUGUACAAGAAGACCGGAAAGUUCCCAGACCCUUCAUCUGGUGAGGAUGAGGAAUCCCAGAUUAUUCUCACCGUUAUUAGAGACGCGUUGAAGAUGGAUCCCAAUAGGUUUCACAAAAUCAUCGAGAGUUGUCAAAUUAAUGACGAGAACAAACAGAUCGUUGCUGCUUUUGAGUUAUUUUACCCGAAAGCAGUUAAAGUCAGAUGGGGAUUCGAUGAUACCGAUCGAAGGAAGUUCACUUUCAUGGAUUCUGAGGUCCCUGCCUUGCACUUUUGGCUCCACAAAGUGCCUGAUUUAGUGGUGCAAGCCACCAAUGGGAAUAUCGCUGGGAUGAAAGUUGUCGUGUGGGGUUAUGUGACGCUGGCAAGGAGUGUAGCGAUGCAUUCACAGACCGUGGUGCUUAUGUGUUCGUGUAUGAGGAUGGUCGCUUCCAUGGGGAUGAUAAUCCCAUGUUUUGGCCCUCAGAUACGAUCCAUGAAGAUCCUUUCUCUGUGAUGGACAUGCUUGUUUUCUCCGGCGGCGACAAGGACACCAUCGAUGUUGGCCUUAUGAAGAAAAUGAAAAAACAAUCCUAUUGUUUGCAACAUAGGUGGUUCCUGUGGUGGAAUUGACAUGACCAGCCUUGAAAAUUAUCCAGGUAUCAAGUGCUUGACCGUGACCCCAGGAAUAGACAAAUGGGUCUUCCCAGGGGAUGGUCCAAGCAUCAUCGUAUUAGGUCAGGGACGUCCCAUGAAGUUGGCUCGGGUCCCAGCACACCCUGAUAAAUUUGAAGAGCUUGUUGAUAAGGAUUUGGCUAUGGCCAUCCCUUACUUUGAUCACUCCGGAUCUGGGUUGGCCCAAAAACCGGCCGGGUCCGAUAAUUUGGCCGAUGGAGGCGAUGAUGUAGCCCUCACUUCAGAGGAGAUGGGAUUGGAUAUAACGAAGGAGAUAUCGUGUGUGGAUAAGUAUGCUUUGUUGAUGAUUUUCUUCUUUAUGUUGAGUCUUGUGGCAGCUUAUUACUUGGCUGGCGCUGAGUUCAUGCUUUAGUCAACCUGUGGUUUGUUUCAUUUAUGACCAACAUUAUAGGGAUUUAUAGGAUUGGAAGAGUCUUUCUUCCACGCGUGCGAGAUUAAAUAAUUAAAUUCGAAAAAGUGCAACUCUUUUUUUUUUAAUGGAAAAUGGAUGGCUAUUUUUUUUAUCCAUGAGUUAGAUAAUGAUAGCAAGAUGUCUUGUAUCAGUGAUUUUUAAUUAUUAUCUAUGUGAUUAUUAUUGUGCGCUGAGCACUUUUAUUUAUUUAUUGUCAUUGAUGAC